AUGGAUUGGAACUCAAGGGGCUUGGCUUGGCUCUUCCUCCAUGUAAUUUUUCGAUCGUGCUUCGGCUUGACAUCAAUCGACGCCAUCCUCGACAACACGAUCAAACGAAUCCCGACCCAAAACGUCACACGCCCUCUGAAUGUGCGACUCGGCUUUUACCUCGAGCACAUCGGUAACUUCAAGUCGGCGGAAAUGUCCUUCGACGUCGAUAUGUACGCGUACAUGUCGUGGCGAGACCAUCGACUGCGACACAAGAAGGCGGACCCGGUUCUGGUGAAUGAUCACGACAUCAGGAAAAAGUUAUGGCUUCCCGAUCUCUACUUCGCCAAUGCCAAAGAAGCGAAAGUUCAUGAGGUCACGUCCCCGAAUUUCAACAUGUUCAUCGAGAGAGAUGGAACGAUUGCUUAUUCGUGCCGAUUCACCAUGUCUAUAAGUUGCAACCUGAAACUACAGAAUUAUCCUAUGGACGUACAGAUGUGCGGGAUUCGGAUAUUGUCUUAUGCCUAUAUCGCAAAACAAAUGAAUGUCGAAUGGUUUGACGCGGCGCCGAUUCGCGCUAACCCGGAUAUUCAGCUUCCUGAAUUUGAGAUCACUAACAUCACAGCAAAAUAUUGCAAAGGCGAUUAUCGAUAUGCGGUAACGAAUGAGGGAUUCAAAUAUGACAACUUCAGCUGUCUUGUCGGAAAAAUCUAUCUUUCGCGGAAUAUGGGCUACAACCUGAUCCAAAGCUAUAUUCCCACCGGGCUGAUUGUGGUCAUUUCCUGGGUGUCAUUUUGGAUUGAUCGUCGAGCCGUCCCAGCCAGAGUGACGCUGUCUUUUACCACCCUCGUAUCGCUGACAACAUUGGGAAAUGGCCUACGAUAUGGCCUCCCAAUGGUCGACUACGCAAAAGCCAUCGAUUUAUGGUAUGGAGCCUGCAUGAUCUUCGUCUUCUUGGCCCUCCUCGAGUUCGCCAUGGUCAACUCAAUUAUGCGAAAAUCGGCAAAGUACGAGCAAAUGGCAAAGAAUAUGGCAGCUUCGAAAGAACCCGAAAAAUCUGAACAAGAUGGCAACUGGAAUCGGAGGACGAUGAGGAAUUUUGUGAAGCGGAAGAGUAUUGCGCCUCCGAAUGGAAGCCCAGCAAAAGGAGAGAAGCGCUCAAAGAGCAUAACUCCGAAAUCACCAGAUGCCUCCCGAAAGCGUUACGAUUCCAGCGAGCUCGACGAGUUAAGGGAGGACGAGCUGGAGAUCUCGGAUGACGAUGCCAAGAUGUGGACAAAGGCCGUACAGCGAGAAUCACCAAAUCAUUUAACGGGAUUGUUGGUCGAGCCGAAGGAGAAGGACGAGCAGAGCAAGGAUGCUCAGAAUGCCCAUGCCGUCAAUCGCAGUGUGGCGGAGCAAGCGUAUGCUACGAUGUCCGCUACCUUCUCCCGCAGAGCCUUCCAUCUGGAUCAGACCUGCCGUUACCUUUUCCCCGGAACGUUCCUCAUCUUUGCGCUCGUUUACUGGAUCUACUUCCUCUACCACCAGAAGUAUGCAGCGAUGGAGGAACAGCUCCGGGAU